AUGGCGGCGAGGCACGCCGCCACGCAGUUCUUGCGUGAGGACAGACUAGAUCAUAGCCUAAGCAGCAUCAGGAAGAAGCGGCACGCCGACGACCUGGACGUCGACUGCGCUGCAUUACAGAAGAUUGUCGCCUAUACCUCCCGAGAGGCGCACACGUGCGUCGAGAAGGCCGCCAAGAUCUGCCUCAUCCAACUGCGCGUGCUACCGACCGACAAUGAACACCGUCUGCGAGGGGAGGCUCUCCGCAAGGCGAUGGAUCAAGACGAGCACAACGGGCUGAUGCCGUGUUUCGUGUGCGCGACGCUGGGCACGCAGACCACGUGCGCAUUCGACAACCUGCACGAGAUCGCGAUGGAGUGCCGGCGCAAGACCGCCGUCUGGCUGCACGUGGACGCCACGUACGCGGGCAACGCGCUUAUCUGCCCCGAGAUGCGCCACUUGGCCGACGGCAUGGGCCGCGCCAACUCGAUCAACGUGAGCGCGGACAAGUGGCUGCCGGUCAACUUCGACUGCGCCUGCCUGUGGGUGCGCGACUACUUCCAGCUGGUCGAGGCGUUCUCGACGCACCCCCUGCAGGCGCAGCAGGAGCGCGACAACCCGGUCCUCGACUUCCGCCACUGGGGGCUGCCCCGCGAGCGCCGCUUCCGCGCCCUCAAGCUCUGGUUCACCUUCCGCAAGUUCGGCAUAGCCGCCCUCCAGGACCGCAUACGCAACCACUGCUCACUCGCCAAACUGUUCGAGGAUUUGCUGCGUGGGGACAAGCGCUUCAGAGUCAUGGACAGUGCCAAGAUGGGUGUGGUGUGCUUCCGCCUGGAGUCGCUGAGCUUCCCUACUGAGUGCCACCAAAACCACCUCACGGAGCUGCUGCUCGCCUACCUCAACGCCUCUGGCCGGAUGUGGGUGACGCCUGUAGAGGUCGACGAUCUCCUCGCCAUCCGCCUGUGUGUGGGAUCGUCUCUCACCAAGGAGGAGGACAUAGAGCACACGUGGCACCGCGUGGUGGACAGCGUGUUCCGCAUCGAGGCGAGCAUGUGGACGGAGAAGGUGCCGGAGCAGCACGUGAGCAGGGCGGACCGCGAGCAGCAGCUGAGCCUGCUGCGCUACCUCAACGGCACGGUGACGGCGCCGCCCAUGCGCUACCGCCGCCUGCAGGCCGCGCAGCUGCUGCGCGACCCCUACGGGCCCUUCCUCGUGCCCGACUCCGACGACCGCAUCGCCGACAUCUUCGAUCUCUCGGACCUCGCCAAGGCCUACUCGCGCGUCUGA